AUGAAUCAUGAUCGAAUCGGCGGGUUCGGGUCCGCGGUGAGUGUGCUCCGGAGCUCCAAGUACGUCAGGGCGGCCGCAGAAUUAUUAGAGGAGUUCUGCAGCGUGGGGAGAGGGCAGUUCAGGAAGAGCAAAUUGUGCAGGCUCAAUACCAACAAAGGCGGCGUCGGCGGGGGCGGAAGGUCAAACUCGCCGGCUCCCCCGCCGCCGAUGUUGUCGUCGUCUUCGGAUCGGAUGGAGCGUCAGAAGCGGAAGGUCAAACUCGUGUACAUGCUUGAUGAGGUGGACAGAAGGUACAACCACUACUGCGAGCAGAUGCAGAGGGUGGUGAACUCGUUCGACCUCGUGAUGGGGUUCGGGGCCGCGGUCCCGUACACGGCCCUGGCCCAGAAGGCCAUGUCGCGUCACUUCAGGUGCCUGAAGGACGCGAUCGCGGCCCAGAUCCGGCAGCUCUGCGAGCUGCUGGGUGACAAGGACGGUGGGGCCGCGGCAGGAGGGAUCACGAGAGGGGAGACGCCGCGGCUUAAGGCGCUGGAAAAGAGCCUGAGGCAGCAACAGCGUGCGUUCCACUUCCAUCAGAUGGAGCAGGAGGACGCGUGGCGGCCGCAGAGGGGGCUGCCGGAGCGAUCCGUCAGCAUCCUCCGCGCCUGGCUCUUCGAGCAUUUCCUUCACCCGUAUCCAAGCGAUGCAGAUAAACAUCUGUUGGCUCGACAGACUGGUCUAUCGAGAAAUCAGGUUUCCAAUUGGUUCAUCAAUGCAAGAGUCCGACUGUGGAAGCCAAUGAUCGAGGAGAUGUACCAGCAAGAGUCCAAGGAAGACGACGACGAUGAUAACGUGGCGGACGCAAGUCAAGAUGAAGAAAAACUCCACACCACGACACAAUCACCGGCGCCAAUUAUCACCCCUACCUCCGCCGCGGCCGCCACAACAACCCCGCCGGCGGUCAAACGAUCACCCGAAAUCCCCGACGAAAACGACGUCGUCCCUCCAUCUUCGUCUCCCCUCGCCGCCUUGAUUAACAGGCAGCAGCAGUACUUCUCGGAUAGCCAGCAUGCAGCCGCCAUGAUCGUGCCCUCCUCCGCCGUGGAGGCGGCGCCACCGCCGUCGCCGCCUCUUUUCCACGAGUACGCCAACUACGGUACCGGUGGGACGAGCAUGUGCGGCGACCAAGAUAACUUCGGGCCCACUGAUGUAGCGGCUAAUACCCUAAUAAGGUACGGGACAGCCGCCGGCGGCGGCGGAGACGUGUCUCUCACGCUAGGUCUCCGGCACGUCGGGAACGUGCCGGAGAAGGCCUCCUCCACGUUCUCGAUUCGCGACUUUGGAGACUGCUAG